UGUUUUCAUUGGGAUUCACCCAAAUAUGUGGGCAGAGCCAUGUUGAACUGGCGCAGAUCAUCAUGGUGCCUACAGACUCUUAUCUACUUUUCUAAUACUGUGCAAGAGCCGAAACAACAGCGGUAGCUACCGCCACUGCUACACAUAACCAUACAUUUGAGCAAGUUUCAAGACAAAUGAGAAAGACGCCACCACCAAUCCAGAAACUGAAAUCCUAGGCCAUGGUAUCGGCUAUACUAGCCUAAGCCUAACCUUAUGUGGCCCAAAACUUGAUAUGCAGACCCCGGUUUCCAGAUUCAUAGUCAUUCAAUCAAAAAUAACACGGACAAAGGCUCCCAAGAUCCCAAGCCACCCUCUUCCAGCAGUGUGAGGUUAUGAAGGGCGACAAAGUCGUCAAAAACAAACUGCAAACCACAGAUGAGACUGCAGUCAAUAAUUCACUUUGGAGCUUUCUCCAAGCUCUCGCUAUGAUGGUGCCGGCAACCAACAAGCAGUGGAGGUCGUCAAGGAUCGAACUGCAUGCAAACUUUGGCGCUGUAGCCGGGGAGGAGGCUAAACCGCGCCAAUAUUACGCGGUGACUGACGGGCAAUUGCAGAAAGAUGGGACCGGGGAAAUCCAAGCCAUCAUAGAAUGCAAGCGCAAGAGGCACCGAUACCAUUCCCCGGGUGUUCACAUGCAAGAAGUGGCUGUUGGUUUCUCGUCCCUCGUGCCUUCCCGAGUUGCCAGUAGCUGGUAUGUAUUUAGCACGAGUUAGCCGGGAGAAUAGAAAGAUAAGCUUCUUCUCCUCCUUUUCCCGCUAUUCGCGUAAAGGGAGCGUAUGAGCCCCGCAGAGGGGCUCAACAGUGGCCCAGUUGGUGGCUUGGAUCAAGGAAUACCCUGAUACCAAAUCAGGCACUACCAAGCGG